AUGGCUCCACGCGCAAAGCCGACCACCACUCCAACUCGGAGUAUGACAAGGCCAUCUGCCAUGAGAAGGACGCCUGCAGUGCCGUCGCCUCCGGCUGCAAGCGCUUCUGCUGCUACAAACCAAGGGGCCACCGGCAACGCAAGAAAUCCCAUAACAGCUCGCCGCAACAAUACCACAGCGCCCCCGAAUGUGGCAACAAGUUCGACACAGGUGGGAAGUACUCCGGCCAAAGCUGCCUCAGCCGAGGUCAAGGCCAAAGCCACGGCAGCUAAGAAAACGCCUGCGACUACCAAACACACAAAGGAACCGCCAAAUGCCGACAAGAAAGAUGGAAAAGGAAGCCGAGGCGCUGUAUCACAGGGCACACCUGACAACACCGAGACAUCAACAGACCCCGAAGAUGGCGAAACAAGCAAGUCUCCGAGAGGCCAGAUCGGAUCUCUCGUCUCAAGUCCUCCCCCGGCGAUAGCAAUGACAACUCGAAAGCAUGACAAAACCAAGGCCGGCAAGAGGAAACUAAAGCCUUUGGACGAACAGGCAUAUGUAGAAGAGGACGAUUCAGAGGACGAGUUGUCAGCCGUAUCAGCAGAGAAAAUCGCACCAACGUCCACAGUGGCAGUCGAAGACGAGUCCUCCAGUGAACAGGAAGAAAUCAAUGUGCCGCAAGUACAAAAAUCCCGAGCGCGCAAACGGAAGACCAGACCGUUCGACUAUCAGGCCUAUAAGUCUGAUGGAGAUUCGGAGGACGAUGACGACGAAGACCUUGACGAUGAUGUCCCCGGAGAUCUACCACCCAAUCCGCUCCAACGGAUCCAUCUCAGAGUCAAUCGGGAUAACCAUGAGCGCCAUAUGCGAGAGCGUGCUGCGAGACGUACCCAAAGAUCGUCUCCAACUUCCAGCUCCUCCUCAAGCUCUGGACCUUCGGAACCUCCUCGCACACCCAGGCCUGCACAGCGCUCCCCAAGUCUGGUUUCGCAGCGAAGCGCCCGACCCCGACCGAAGCGUAAACGAACCGCACCACCUACGGUCGUCAGUCCCUCAACACCCCAAAGCAGAACUUCCCAGCCAGGCGCUGUGGAUCACAAUGACCCCGUGGUACUGGCGGAGCAACUAUUUGCAGACGUCCAAAAGGUACCCAGGUCUCUGGAUCUUGACGAGAUUAGCGCGCUCUUUAUGGUCUUACAAGAAAGGAUCUCGCGUUUCUGUGGUGAUCACUUCGCUUUCGGGCUUACAUCAGAACAGGAGAAGGCGUGGCCCAUGCAUCUGUUGGCCACGAAAUACCUGCCACUGAUGCUGAUGACCCAGAGGAUUGCGGAUGGGUGUGAGUACGGUUGGCGCAACUUUUUCACAAAACUGGAACACCGACGACAUCUCGUACACGGCGUUAUUGGCGAGUGGUUCCAGCAGCGCAUCUUCAAGCACACCGCUUUCAGCAUCCCGGACGACAAGGUUCGCGCACUCGAAGACAUUGACCGCAAGUAUCUCCACUACGAUGCCUUUGUGCGGAACAAGAAGAAGGCAGAGUGCUUGGAGGAACUCAAGAUCGGCGAGACUUAUUUCCCAAGCGCAGAAUUUCCCAACAAUUACGAGCAUAUAGACAACCUAGAGAUUGCCGCUCGCAAGAUGGCUACCAAUCUGCUGCUCGUUUUGGAGCCACUCCUCCCGCCUCCGUUCUUUGACCCUCUCGUGCCGAAAUGGAGACAGUCGUCGAGAGUCAGGGAUGAAGGGGCCGAGAUGCGGUUUGGGAUAUUGCUCGAGCUUGUCGAGUUGAUCAGGAUGGCGGGCAGUCUGCAUCUCUGCAUUCGCUUCGCAGGUGUCAACGGCGUCGUCGUGCGCAUCGCACCCCACGUGCCCAAGGGCACGAGAUUGAGUCGAGAAGACGUGGAUAGAAAUAUCUGCGUCAAUGCCUACCGGUUGAACGCGCAAAAAGCUCAGUCUCUUCCGACAAGUGAUCAGUUGAAGAUCAAGAUGACCUGCUUUGGGCGAGUCGAAGCUGUGGUACCGCAUGGCCUCGACGUUCUCGAACUCGAACAAGCACAGGAGGCGGCGCGAGCAGCAGGGCAAGAGCUCACCCGGGAAGAAGCCGAACAGCGACUCUUCAAUCUGUACCCGUACGACUUGCAAGAGACGGAUGCCGCACGGGAUGCCGUUGCAGACCUAGCACCGAUUCCAGGGACGGAGUGGUCGACCAUGGUCCUCAAGACCAAAAUUCGAGAAAUUCGGGAGAAGAGAUACGGGCGUCGUCCGCAAGAAGACGAGAGAGUUGAACGGGUCGACCCCAAAAGCGGCGCAUUCGUCACCGUCUACUCGAGAGUGGCUCCCUCCAACAUCUACUGCGAAUGGAUGUCUGCUCAGGAGGCCUCGCUCUUCUCCCAUCCAGAAGCCCAACCACCGGCUCAGACCCUGGCUGAAGCUGUCGCCGAAGCCCGGCGGGAGAAGUACAUCUCGUGUUCCCUCGAGGACGCAGCCCUAGCGGUCUGGAACACCGUUACGCAGCGCGAGUUUCUCGAAUGGCUGGUGUUUUCCGGCAGCAUAGCUGGCAUCAGCGCUCUCACAGCCCCGUGGAUUGGGAGUACAAUUGAGAGUAUCCACUUGGGAGACCGGUCGAGAGAUCUGGGGACAGGCAUUCAACUACGUGCCACUCGUGCCCUGUCUGCCGCAGCGAACUGGCGAAGUGCUCUUCGAGACGCUUCGGCGUACGUGUCGCAACUCGUCGUGCCAUCUGCAAGCACCGUCACGGUCACAUCUGUUGUGACGGACUGGGCGACGACAACGACAACGCAACCCACCAAUGCGGGAGGUCCGCCGUUAAAAGGAGUUUCUUUCACCUCCGUUACCCCUUCGGAGUCCUUCGUUGAAGACCUUCCCGAAGCCUUGAGAGGAGUUACAGACACGACGCGAAUACCCAUCCCAUCGGACCAUCCAGACUUUGCCAUGGUCGCGAGCCUUUUCAGCGAGCAGAUGGGCUUCGCCAGGGCUGCAACACUAAGUACGCCGCAGUCAGAACGCACGCCAUCCUCGAGGAUCAGUCGCUCUAAGGUUCUUUAA